AUGAGUACAUUUAAAGCCGAAAACGCUGAAAACUUGGAAGAUAUUGAAAAGCAAUUUGCUGUGAAAGCAGUUAUGCAAGCUGAAACAUACUGGAGUUUAUUAGAAAAGAUUCCAGGAUCCAAAUUGAAGUUAACAAAGUACGAUGACCGUAUCUACGAUCAAUUAUUAGAAGACUUCCCUGAAUUUGAAGAUCCAAAUGCCGCUGCGGUUAUCGAAGAAGCUUCCAUGAAGAGUCCAAGUGGUAAAGCCAAAUGGAGAACAUUUUGUGACAAAUUUAAGGACAUCGAAGACUACAACUUUGGUACUCUUUUAAGAUCCAAGGCUACAGAUGAAUACUCACAAGAGGGUACUAUAUUUGCCGUCAGAAUCCAAUUCUAUGCUAUAGAGAUUGCCAGAAAUAGAGCUGGCUUAAAUGACUGGAUUGCUAGCAAAUAA